GUCGGAAGGGGACGGACUGCGGGAGAAUGAAAGCCGGCUACCAUUGCACCUGUGGGGAAAUGUCCUGUCAUGAAUGAGCCGCGUUUAUUACAAUGGAGUCAGUGAUGAAGCUACAGAGGGUGCAGCUGAAAUGCAAGAACCUUCAUGAAUUCCUGCGAGGUCUCAGCCCUGGGAUCUUAGACCGGCUGUACAAUCAUCCUGCCACUUGUCUGGCUGUCUUCCGUGAGCUGCCAGGAUUGGCUAAGAACUAUGUCAUGCGGAUGCUGUUUCUGGAGCAGCCCCUUCCUCAGGCAGCUGUGGCAUCGUGGGUAAAGAAGGAAUAUGCCAAGGAACAGGAAGAGAGUUCAGACGUCUUGCUUGGGCUGCGGCUCUGGCACACGCGGUUCCUCCCGGGGGGUCUCCAAGGACUCGUCUUGAACCCCAUCUUCAAGGAGAACUUGCGCAUUGCCCUCCUGGGAGGAGGUAAGGCCUGGUCUGAUGACACUAGCCAAUUGGGCCCAGAUAAGCACGCCCGGGACGUCCCAUCCCUAGACAAGUAUGCUGAGGAGAGGUGGGAGGUCAUCCUGCACUUCAUGGUGGGCUCUCCAAGCGCAGCGGUGAGCCAGGACUUAGCUCAACUGCUCAUUGAAGCUGGCCUGAUGAAGAGCGAACCCGGAGAACCGCCCUGCAUCACGUCUUCUGGCUUCCAGUUCCUGUUGCUGGAUACCUCGUCUCAGCUCUGGUACUUCAUGCUGCAGUAUCUUCAGUCAGCUGAGACCCGGGGCAUGGACCUGGUGGAGAUUCUUUCCUUCCUCUUUCAGCUCAGCUUCUCCACUCUUGGCAAGGAUUAUUCUGUGGAAGGAAUGAGCGAUUCUCUGCUGAAUUUCCUUCAGCACCUUCGGGAAUUUGGUCUGGUCUUUCAGAGGAAGAGGAAAUCCAGGCGUUACUAUCCCACCCGCCUGGCCAUCAACCUUUCCUCUGGCAUCUCAGGCACCACCGUGGACACCCAUAACCAGGGCUUUAUCGUUGUGGAGACGAACUACAGGAUCUACGCAUACACAGAUUCUGAGCUGCAGAUUGCCCUCACCGCCCUCUUCUCUGAGAUGCUCUAUCGCUUCCCCAACUUGGUGGUGGCUCAAGUCACCCGGGAGAGUGUGCAGCAGGCCAUCGCCAACGGCAUCACAGCAGAUCAGAUCAUUCACUUCCUACGUACGAGAGCUCACUCUGUAAUGUUGAAACAGACCCCUGUGCUGCCCCCCACGAUCACAGAUCAGAUCCGGCUGUGGGAGCUUGAACGGGACAGGCUGCGCUUCUCUGAGGGUGUCCUCUACAACCAGUUCCUGUCCCAGGUGGAUUUUGAGCUGCUGCGUGACCACGCCAGGGAACUCGGGGUGCUCGUCUUUGAGAACCCCGCCAAGCGUCUCAUGGUGGUGACCCCCGCCGGCCACUCGGAUGUCAAGCGCUUCUGGAAGCGACAGAAACACAGUUCUUGAGAGAGCUGUGGCUGGACUCAGUAUCUCUCUUCUCUCACUCAGUGUUGGAAAGUGGUGAUGGGAGCUUAUUGUAUCCCUCUGCCCGUAACUCUGGAUGAGUAACAAAGACAUGGAGAGAAAGAAGAAGCCUUUUUGGGGGUUGCCUGAAGAUUCCUCUGUAGUCAAGAAUGGGUUAAGAACUGCCAAAAA